UCGACGAUGUGGUGGUUCAGGUGAGGGGAAGUAAGGAAAGUGGGAGGAGUCAAUCCAUAUUGGUGUCACCAGCAAGUGUUCAGGUCUAACUCGCUGAGCAUGAUGGCCUCAAUUUACAAGACAGAUGGGACCAGAUCCACACUGCUAAUGUGUGCGUGACACACUCCAGAAUCAAGACACACUCGGCUUACAAUGUGAUGGAUCCCCUUGGAUUGCGGCUAGGACCACCACCCCCUGUACCACCACCUCGAGUUCUCCACAGACAAAAUGCAAACAUUGACCUCUCCGCAUCAUUGCCAGCAAGUCAAUUUGAGUCUCAUCUUUACGAGGACAUCGAUAUUGCUGCUGAAAAUCAGAUCAGUGAUCAACCCCCAAGAGUCAACCGCCCACCACUUUUGAAAUCCAUCUCUGAACCGCUGACUCAUGUCCGAGGAUAUCCUCGCGAUGCUCGGCAAGAAAGCCGCGUGGCUCUCCAACCCCGCCGCACCGCCCCUCCGAUCCCGAGUGCCAAGCCUCCAAUUGGUCAGGACCAAAUUUCCCCACCUGUACCGCCCAGGAAGCACGGGCCAUCUGGCCACAACAAAAACAGGUUCUCCUGUGACCUGACUGUCCAUGUGCACAAAUUGACCCGAUCAAACACACAAAUAGAUAACCUGGAGAAAUGGGUCAUCAAACUGACAGAUGCUCCAGAAGGCAGCACAGCGGUGAUGACUACUUUCUGUCAAGCUACAUCCAAUCUGCUGUCGCGCUACCCGCACACACAAAUUGCUCACAACUUGGGUGUGGUGUGCGCGCGAGUGUCACGUAUCCAUCCUGCGCUGCUGCAUCAGGUCAAGCUGACCGUCUACGUGGCGAUCGAAAAUAAAAGUCACCAACUUCCAAUUCCAACCACAGUGAACAGGACGGUGCGAAGUUUAAUCGAAGAGAUCUUCCAGCUCUUCGAUCUCGCUCACAAAUCCGCCGACUAUUAUGUGCUCAAGUUGUGCAAUUCGGAGGAGUAUCUUCACAACUACGAGUUGCUGGGUGUGCACGAGGUCGUCCAAACGCACUGCAAAUUCAACAUGGACCUUCCCCUUCGACUGCUCCAUUCCAGCAACCUGAAACGCAGCCUGGCCAGGGAUGUAGGGGAUGACAAACCUCCAGGUCACCUCUUCAAGCUGAUACGGCCGGUCUGUGUCUUCAAUGCUUGCAAGUUGAGUCUGGAGAAUGUGCUCACAAGCUACAGCAGAGAGGAGGCCACGCUGAUGAAAAACAAAUCGGGGAUGAACGUCAACGUCAUGGUGACCCACGUUCGCACCAUCACCGACCUCCUGUGCGGCCUCUCAAGCGAGGAGCUGGAAGACGCCAUUGGCCGGCUCAACAGAGUCAACCCCAUCCCUCUGAGUCAUGAGGAAAUGUCCGAAUGUGAGAGUGCCAUGCAGGCGCUGCACAAGUCCCUGCUGAAAGUCAUGCAGAGCUUCUUUGCAAACUUCCUCUCCAACUUCAGCACUCUGGAAAUCGCCAGCACACCUCAGACUCGUGAUGUGGAGGACAACAGUGAACUGUUACAGUUCAACCUGGCCGCGCUCUAUCAGCUGCAACCUAGCUGGAUGACCAUGUUUGACUGCUUUUCUAUAUCCUGCCAGUUGACGUAUGGCGAAACGCAGCUUUGCUCAGCUGUGGUUUCCGAAAACAUCAGCACUGCUUUGUCCUUUGAGAAGAAAUUACGUUGUAACCGCAUGAUGGCAUUUCCUGUCCCGAUAAAGGAGCAGCCCUACGAGAGUAUGCUGACCUUCCAGCUGAUGGGCUCAAAGCGAGGAAAAAGCCCCGAGCUGCUGGCAUGGGCCGUUCUACCUCUUUACAGCGACAGAACUCUGGUAAGAGGGACCAUCCUGCUCAGUUUGUCCAUGUUGGCCAUGCUGUCUUCACCACCCUCUCCAGCCCUGUUUGACAGCCACAGACAAACAGUGGGGGUCAUCCUGCAGCUUGAGUUUCCAGAUGAGGUGAAUUGGAUGUACCGGAGGCCCGUCGCGCUCCCUGGGUCUUUCAUAUUCUCUUCGCCUUGCCAAGAUCUGGAAAAGAAAAUGUUACAAGUCUCCAAGAAGCUCUGCCUUUCCUUACUGUCAGAAAACGAGAAGAGCUUCCUGUGGAGUAAACGUCACAACUGUGACAAAGGAAGCACCUUCCUCCACCUGGUGUUGGGUGGCGCCCCCAGGUGGCAGCCUGAGGACCUGACAGAGAUCUACACGGUUGUCGACCGCUGGGCUAUCCAUCUUGCCGAGGAGGCUCUCUUCCUUCUCACCGAUAAUUUUCCAGAUCAGACAGUGCGUGAGGCCGCUGUGCAGUUCUUUGGACAAAUUCCCGAUGAUGAGCUUGAGCUGUAUUUGCCACAGUUGGUUCAGGCUCUAAAGAGCGAGUGGAAGCUGGAUGGAGCUCUGGUCAUGUUGCUGUUGGAGAGAUCGCUAAAGAACAUUCGGAUUGCUCAUCAACUCUUCUGGCUGCUGGAGGAUGCAUGCACAGAGCCGCACUACCAACGCUGGUUCGCUAAAGUGCACGCGGCCCUUCGCUUCUGCUGCGGUCGAGCGCUGCGGGAGGAACUGGACCGAGAAACCCGCUUGUUGUCGGCACUCAUGCAAGUGGCCGAGAAGGUCCGGAUGUCGGAGAAAACGCGACGGAAGACGGUUCUGAACAAAGAAAAGGAGAAGAUUGAGAAGUUCUUUAAAGACGAGGGAAGCUGCUGUCUACCUUUAGAUGUUGCUGUCCAUGUCAAGGGAGUGGAGCUGGAUGCCUGUAAAUUUUACCAGUCCAAUACAUCUCCUCUGGGGGUGUCCUUCAUUUGCACUGACCCGCUGGCGAAGAACAUUGCUGUGAUCUGCAAGACAGGAGACAGCCUGCGUCAGGACAUGCUGGUGCUGCAGAUGGUCCGUUUGAUGGACAGGGUGUGGCUCGAUGAAGGGCUGGACUUACAAAUGGUCACCUACAGAUGUCUUUCUACUGGCAUGACUCAGGGCCUCAUAGAAGUGGUUCCCGAGGCGGUGACGCUGGGGAAGAUCCAGCAGGAGUGGGGUCUUGGUGGGACCCUCCGACAUGACACCCUAGAGAAGUGGUUCCACAUGUGGAACAAAACCGAGGAGGACUACGAAAAUGCUGUGAUGCGCUUCAUUCACUCAUGUGCAGGUUGGUGCGUGGCCACCUUCAUUCUGGGGAUUUGCGAUCGCCACAACGACAACAUCAUGUUAACGCACAGCGGGCACAUGUUCCACAUCGACUUUGGCAAGAUCAUGGGCAAUGCGCAGAAGAUCGGAAGCUUUAAAAGGGACCGAUCACCUUUCAUCUUCACAUCGGAGAUGCAGCACUUCAUCACAGGUGGUGGGCAGAAGCCUCAGCGCUUGCAUCGCUUUGUGGAACUCUGCUGUGAAGCUUACAACAUCAUCAGAUACAGAUCUGGCCUCAUACUCAGCUUGCUGGAACUCAUGACCAAUGCAGGAAUGCCCGAACUGAAGGACUGUAAUGACCUGCAAUACGUCCAGAGAAACCUUAGACCUCACGACACUGACUUGGAAGCCACAUCCUACUUCACAAAGAAGAUCAAGGAGAGCAUGGGUUCUGUCGCGGUCAAGUUAAACUUCUUGACACACAGCAUGGCGCAAGGGAAGAAGCCAGCUGGCCCCAUCCGGGAUGGCGUUCCUGCUCCGAGCACCAACAUUCAAGAUGCCGUCAUUCGGGAUUUUACCAUCAAGGACAAAGUUGCGAUCUAUGACCUGAAAGUGACCAUUGAUGAUGGCUUUUGGUAUAACCAAAUGACAUUUGAGGACUUUGAGAUGAUCCACAAGCAGCUGCAGAAACACUUUAUUGAAUCUGCUCUGCCUCAGUUCCCGUGCUGGUAUAUGAUGUCAUUCACCCCAAGCAGGAAGAUGGCUCUGCUCAAUAAAUACCUCAAACAGCUUUUUGAGGGACCUUGCAAGGGAAAUGAAUUUGUGUGCAGCUUGUUCUUAGAUGGACCCAAAAUGGUUAAAGAAUCUGUGGUAGAAGAGGCGUCUCCUCAAAUCCAGCUGUGCAUUUCUUACAAUGAGUGCAAGCUCUGGGUCUUGGUAAAACACCUCAAGAACAUUAAGAUGGCCAACGGCUCCAAUCCUGAUGCCUACGUGGUCACGUGUCUGAGACCCGACCCUCAGCGGAAGUCCAAGAGAAAGACUAAAGUAGUGCGGAAUAAUGACAGCCCUACAUUCAAUGAACUGUUGGAGUACAAUAAUGUGCCGUUGCUGUAUGGGAUGGUGCUGGAAGUGAGUGUGAAGAGCAAGAAGACGUUUGUUGCUGCCACCAACAUCAAACUGGACGAGGAGCUGCUCGACAAGGAGACUUGGUUCACAUUAAGAAACUCGGCACUUUGACCUGAGUUGCUUUACUGCAGGCUAGUAGCCGACAGGGGGCGCAACCACAAUGUCUCUUGUCUCAACUACAACGCAGUGAAUAGGACUGUGGAUCAAGUUACAACUGCAAAAACUUAACUGCGGUGACUGAAAGCACCGAGUUUUUAUGAAUGCCAAUCAAAUGUUGAAUCAUGGACAUAAAGGUAAUCGAGUAGAUUUUUUUCCCUAGUAGAUUUAUUUUCUCUUGUCUCAUUUAAUAUUUAAGAAACGUUUUCUGUAAAAUAUUUGUUAAGGUACAAUUUAAUAUUUUGUACUAAUAGAAAUACUAUUUUUUACAACGAAGUAAAAACUUUGUGGGUUUUUUUCCUUUUUGUUUUUUGGUGGUACGUAAAAAUAUUUACCACUGGUUUAAACAUUAAAAAAAAGAAAACUUAAAAAUAUUUUUUCCACAACGUCCAUUGCCCAAUAACUUCAACUCUGUCUUAAAAUGGCAGAAGACUGUUUAAUGCUGCAUGAAGCUGCAUUUUUCCAACAAUACUGCACCUAUUUCUUUUUGCGCUCAUCUUUUACAAAUAAGUUAAAAAAAAAA